ACCACACGAGCACAGGUUCAGAAGCCAGAGACGGGUGGAUCUGUAUUCAGGCAUGAUACCUUCACUAUCAGUCGAGCAGAUGGCUCCAAGAGACCAAUUAUUCAUCGGCCCAUCAAUAGAGAAAUGUCAACUCAGACACCAUUCUAUGGAAGUGAUCUGAGAGCUGCGAGAUCUGUGGACUCAAACGAACCUCCAAGAGGUGAAUUAGUCUUGUUUUUUUUUCUUCUGUGUAUUAGCCGGCAAGGCCUUUUGUUAAGAAAUAAGAUGAUAGAAAUGUGGCAGUGAAUUUUAAGCCUGGUGAAUACAUAAGUAAAAUGUUAUUCAGUUAGUGACACAGGCAGCUUGCCAGUUGGAAGAAAACAUCCGAGUAUUCCCAAAAGAAGAGUAUCAGAUCAUCGUGCAGAAUCUAAUUCAGUAGAAGUUACAGUGUAUUGUUAAACUUUUAUUACAUGUAUACACACACUGGAGCAUUUGCUAAAACAAGAGUGCGACAGAGACACUAAAACAUGCUAUACUCAACCUGUGGGAACCUCUGUUUGUAAGCUUGGAAAAGGUUGCGGUACAGUCUAGACUAAGGGCCCGCUUUAAGUAAACUUUUGACUAAACUCAAACCUGUUAUGAUAAAACCCUCUGUUUACAUGUAUGAGAACGAUUGUCUCUAUAGGGGAUAAACGUAUCAAAAACCGUGCCACUGUGGUAACAAUAGUUAGUCGCGUGUUUGCUGUGACACUUUUGCAUAAUAAUUGUUAUUUUAGCUCGUCCUAGUGCAUUAGUUUGGUCAGAACUAAGACGCCAAAGAGAACUACACGAAGAAAAGCUUAAGAAAAGAAAACAAAGGUUCUUAGAGAAACGAAAGAAGGCUGGCUUGGACGAUGUGUCAGAAGGUGGCACCUACUCAGUUCGAAGCGGCAGGAGUGGGGAUAUAGAUGAAGGGUUUGGAGUGAGUAUGAUGAGCGCUGAUAUCACUACAGCCACAUGGGGAGGUUCCACCCAACCUAGCAGUACACAGAAUGAUUCUGCAGUGUCAGCUGAUGGCUCUGAUGAUGAAAAUCAGGGAGGAGAGGUACGGUUUCAUAAAAACAUGAAUGUAAUGACAUAUAUUCACGUCAGACGAGCAAAUUUCUAUACCAAGCCUCGUUUUCAAAUAAUCUUCUUGCGUGAAUUUGAAAUUACCCGUGUGAAAAUAAUUACAGCGUUGAGUUCUUUUAGUCAGCUCCUUUGGUUAACUGCCUCUGCGAGUGAUAGGCUCAGGGUUGAAGUAUGUUUCAAGGUUUUCUUUGAGGCAGGUUGUGAUCCAUUGCUUUGUAGCGCAACAAUACAGGUCAUAGCUAUGUUACUUUCUGUUUUCUUUUACUACAGAUUGCGGUUGAAGUAGAAGAUGAUUUUCCUGAAGGAAUUGUACAGGCAGAAGAAGAAGAAGAAGAAGAGCAGCUAGAAGCAGGAGUGGCUUUCUCUGGCGGUGCUGAGGCUGUGUUCCGGAGCAGGGAACGAGUGCCUCGCAUGUCUGCUUUCAGAGGCAGUGUAGACAGUACCUCCCAAACAAACAGAAGCAANGUUACUUUCUGUUUUCUUUUACUACAGAUUGCGGUUGAAGUAGAAGAUGAUUUUCCUGAAGGAAUUGUACAGGCAGAAGAAGAAGAAGAAGAAGAGCAGCUAGAAGCAGGAGUGGCUUUCUCUGGCGGUGCUGAGGCUGUGUUCCGGAGCAGGGAACGAGUGCCUCGCAUGUCUGCUUUCAGAGGCAGUGUAGACAGUACCUCCCAAACAAACAGAAGCAAAAAGAGGAAGCUUGAUGGUACGAUUUUAUCAGGUCAGUCUACUCACAAUUGGUUGGUGCUCUUGUACAGUUCCUUGCGGCCACGUAUUUUUUUUAACGAACAUUUCAUAUAAGUAAAUCUUGCGCUGUGCCCCCAGAAAUUGCUUUUUAUUAACUUGAUCAUACUACAGCUGUAGCUCGGACUAAGUUUUGAAAUCUGUACCAUAUUUGCUUAGCUAUGAAGACUCAGCACCCUUUUUGUUAAUUGUUUAAAAUAAUAAUCCAAGCAGAUGUGUGAUUUUGGUUUCCAAAGUGCGCUAAAAAAUCUAACAUUUUGUUCCCCCUUAUAGCGGGGGCGGAGGGGGACGUGGUCGAAGGUACGAGUACAUGUAGGCAGUUAUCUUUUUUAUUUUUAAACAUAGAACAUAACAAUAGAAGUCCCUUUUCUGGUGUAUUUUUGGCUUCAGAUUCAUACAAGACCUGUUGCACCCUGGUAAAUUUGAAUUGUCAUUUGUUGGGUUGCGUUUUCUAUGAACUUUUCCCUGUUCGACUCACACAGGCGGCGCCCGUAAAAGAGACCGAGAAAGAGGCCUGACAUUUGAAGAUUGGCCCAGAACUUUCUACUUCGACAGGAAUUCCAGAGGAAGGAUAAGGCAAGAGGUAUAGUCUAGGCUUUAUCAGUACGAAUGCUCAACUGCGCUUUAAGACAGUGGAACUCUAAAUCUGUUUGUAAGGUGUUUAGUUUAAAUAGAUAAAUAGUGUUCUAUGCCCCAUUCACACCAGCUAACCAAUUCUGUUUAAUUAAGCCAGGUUAUAUAAAAUGAAAAGCAGACAGGUUGAAACACCGGUUUUUACACAGGAUUCAAAUGAAAUUCAACAUCCUUCACAUGCUUUGUAAUUUGAUGUAGAUUUGCAAUAAACUAAAGUCAGUAAGCCGCUUUUAUAACGAAAACAAUUUUAAACCGUGUUAAACUUAACAGCUUUUAAACAUGUUAUAGCUUUGGUGUGAAUGGGGCUCCAGUGGGGACUGUGAGUUGCUUUGACGCUGUUGACAGCAAACAAUGUUUAGAUGUGAGAGUUGGCCAAGUGUAAACACCUUGAACUUAGUUUUGUUAUACACCUGGCCCCGGUUGUUCGAACGUUGGAUAGCGCUAUCCAGUGGAUAAAUCUCUAUCCAGUGGAUAGUGCAAUCGGUUUUCCUAAUACUUAUCCGUUGGAUAAUGAUUUAUCCGAUGGAUAGCGCUAUCCAACGUUUGAACAACCGGGGCCUGACCGUUUAAACUCUGCUCUAAUAACCUAUCCGUGUAGUUUAUUGACUUUAUUUUAACGCAAGGCCAAAGGUAGUAUUUCUUAUCAUGAUAUUCUAUGGAAAUGGCUGUUUUCUAAAGAAUGCUUAUUGGGUGAAGGGAUUUGCAGACCAUAAACUAUGUUUGUCAUAUAGAGUAAUGUAGUACCCUCGUUCCUGGAUGGUGAAGUUUGAUACCAACUACCGUUCAUAAGCAGCCCCACCCCACGCCACUCAUCAUUCCCCGCACUCCGCGGUCAAAGGUCUCUCCAUUGGUCUCUCUUGCUACCUGUAAACAAAAGAAUACAUCCGUUUAUUAGCCCUGCUAGAAUCCCUUACGAAGAUGUAUAAGCCCAAAGCUUGUAAACAGCAGUUUACGGUAUGUUGAGGGGUUUUCUGUCUUAACUGAAGAGCUGUUUUUUGUUUUAGAAUUUUACUCCUGCUGAACAACUCAUCAAAGAUCGUGAACAAGAACAGUUUAACAUCGAGCGUCAGGUUUGGGAGCAGCAUUGUGAGCGUCUCCACCAGGAAGUAGCCAACCUUACCACCCUGUGUAGUGGCCUUCUUAGAGACCAACAGAUGCUGGUGUCCACCGUGAUUAGUCGAAAUGUCACAAGCGGUCCGUCUCCGAGCUCGGCUGGUUUCCAGAACAUUUCCAGCUCGGGGAGUGGUCUCGGUAAGCUUUUUCUUACAGUAGUCAUUAUAGAGCAUUUUCCCAUGACGUCAUGGUACUAUAAUGACCAUGUUGGUGUUCCAAACCUAUCCUGUGGGAGUUGAACUCGUCUGUUUUUUGUUGCAAUGAAUUUGCAUAGAUGCUGGCCACAUGAGUAAAAACGCUCUGUUUCGGCCUUAAAUCGAAAUUUACUAAAAGCAAAGGUCAUCACGCUGGAAAGUGGGAUAACCAUCUUUUCAGUUGGUGACUAUUGUUUCGAAAAGUGCACAGUUAAAGUGAGUAGCACUCCUGUAUAUGUGUGUAAAGAUAAAGAAAAGCUACUUAAUAGACGCCAUUUUGUUACACAAACUCUGAUUUAUUUAUGUGGUGUUCUGGUUGAUUUUUCAGUACUCUAGCCCGCCUCAGGCUUGGUUUUCAAUUGCAUUUAACUCAUUUAAUUUUGAAAAUGACUUUUGGCCGAAAUGUUUAUCCUCUCAGUGAAGUUUGGUCUUUAAAGUUUCUUAGCUUUUAAAGCUGCUGUGUGUUGUAUCUUGUGCCCACUCUCAUCAAAUGUUCUUUUCAGGAGCCGUUUUGAUUCAUAUCAAUCAUUUUUACUUGGACAAACUUGUCAUCUGUGCGAAUUUCUUUUUUGUUUGCAUUCACAUUACAGGCAGUAACCCAUUUGAGCAGUAUCAGCAAAGACAGCAAGAGGCGUAUCAAGGGCUCCAAAGCUUCUUUGAACAACAGCGCUACAUGCAGCAGCAGCACCACAUACUUCAAAGCCUCAAUCAGUGUUACUCCCAACUUCAGCAACAGCAUCAAGACAUGGCAGUUCUUCAACAGCAAUUCCAGCAACUCUUUUCAUACAACCCCUCUUCGGCUCUCAGUGAAAACUACCCCUCACCUCAAAGGCCUUUCACGGCGUCCCCAAACGUAGCUAAUACCUCUCCGAUGUUUAUGAAUCUGCCAUUUCACAGUCCACAACAGCCACCCUUCUCGGCUCCAGUGAAUAGUCAGGCUUCUUUCACUAAUGCUUAUCAGCCUCCUUCUUCGGCACCUNAUACUUCAAAGCCUCAAUCAGUGUUACUCCCAACUUCAGCAACAGCAUCAAGACAUGGCAGUUCUUCAACAGCAAUUCCAGCAACUCUUUUCAUACAACCCCUCUUCGGCUCUCAGUGAAAACUACCCCUCACCUCAAAGGCCUUUCACGGCGUCCCCAAACGUAGCUAAUACCUCUCCGAUGUUUAUGAAUCUGCCAUUUCACAGUCCACAACAGCCACCCUUCUCGGCUCCAGUGAAUAGUCAGGCUUCUUUCACUAAUGCUUAUCAGCCUCCUUCUUCGGCACCUGUAUUCAGAGCUGCUUGGCAUCCUACAGUUGGUCCGGUUAGUUGCUCUGAAUCUUCAUACCGAAAAACUAAAGAAGGCGCUCUUUGGAAUAGAUAUGCUUUCAUGAAGCCUGCUUUGUAGGUGUUUUCGUCGGGUGCGCGGAUCUUUUUGCUCGCGUACUGGCCAUGUGAAAUUCUAAAAAAAAUCAAGGAGUCGUGGCAGCCCCACCCGAAGGGUUGCUGUUUUCUACAUCCCCAGUCUUCCUUGGUGAUAAAAUCAGAGAUGCCGGCCACGGCAUAGACCCUUCCACAAGUUUUGGUACAGGCCCCGGUUGUUCAAAAGAUAGAUAGCCCUAUCCAUCAGAUAAGUAUUAGGGAAACCAAUUGCGCUAUCCAGUGGAUAGUUAUUUAUCCAAUGAACAGCGCUAUCCGCCUUUCGAAUAACUGGCGCUAGUAAACGAAUACCCGUCGACACUGCUGGAAAGACCAACUUAAAGUUAGGAAACGUACCAAGUUUAAAGGUGAUACGUCCAAAGCGAGCGAGGAUGGUGCUCGACAAAGUUUGUAUGGCAGGGACACGAACUUGCCCUAACCUUUGAUUAUUACUAUUGAUAUUAAGUUAACCGUUGUUUUUUUGUUUGUUUUUUAUUGUUUUUUUUGUUUUUUGUGUGUUUUUUUUUUUUCAGUCAACGGCGUCAACUACUGAACCAAAUGAAAACACCCAACCGUCUGGGAGCAGGCGAGAACCUAUUCAGGAGUCUUUUGGGUUAAACCCAGACACAGGCAUCCCAAGUCCAAGGGCUACUAGGUAUCGCGGCCAUCCUGUUGAACCUGCCCCUCCCCCAACCUCCUCAGGAUUGGCCAGUUCUGUCAAAGUGGUUCGAGAAGUAGGUGCCAGCUCAGCAGGGGUGGGCCUGUCACCUGCUACUGUUAGACAGAAGCGGAAGUAUGAUCCCAGCUCAUACCAAGGUACGUCUGUGUUUGAAUCUUGGUAGACCUACAUUUACAUAGGGAAACCGAAAAUUAAACUUGGAAAAUCAAAUGGUUGGCGCUAGAAAAAUAUGGGCUGCGAUUUUGAAGCGAUGCAAUUACCCACUCUUUUUUGUUUGUUCCGCUGAUUUGGAUAUACUUUGUAUCGGGUCGUACACCCACAGUGUCAAAUUUUUAUAGAUAAUAGUAUGCUCAAGAUUUCCACCCGGGUGGUUUGUUUAAGUGAUAAGCACCCAUUGUCUUUCAAGAUAAGAUACCUAGAUUUCAAGAAGCAGAAAGUAUCUUGUAAAAACCACCAAAUGACCAAUGUUUUUAUCUUGUUAAGUGGCACGUGUUUUCUGUUGUGCUUUUAAAUUGUUACCAAGUUUGAGUGUAUUGUUUCAAAGUUUGAAGCCUAAUAAAUUCGCUCAUUUUUAAGUCUCCUUCGCGAGAUGACACUAAAAACGAUUGCGGAGGAGACUACUUAUAUAAGCGUAAUAUGUUACCGGAGGUAGACGAAUAGCAACUGUUAGGUAGUCGAGUGUACUUUGGUUGUUUGUCAACUUUUUUUGACAAACCUUGUAGAUCUGAAGUAAAGAAUUGCCACUGGCAUACUUCGAAGAACUAUGCUGCCGCCUCGGCAAUCAAAAAUGUGCAGUUCUAAUUGACGAGCUGACUGUUCUACACAUUCUGACAGUAUACAUUUGUCUUUCUUGAUUAUAAUUGUAUGUCGGUACUCCCCAAGUAAUUGGCAAGGAAUCUCUUAAUAUUAAAGGGGCAUUGUCCCGUUGUUUACUUCAUUAUGUUAAUAAGGUCAAUUACGUGUCCUUAUUCACUAUGGAACUUGAGAAAUUACUUUUUCUAUCCCUCCCUCCUUUUUUUGUAUUUGCUGUGUAUUUUAUGCCCUCUUUUCGUGUUCUGAACAGUUUAAAUUUACUUCUGCCACUCAUUUGGCUAGUUUUUAUUAUGAUAAUUUUCGUGACACGGCUCCUGUAAUAUAAGUUCCCCGUCGCAAGGUUUCCUAAGAAUUAAAAGUAACCCUUGUUCACUAGAACUGACAGUCUCAAGUGCCGCUGCUGCCAAAACAGAGAGUACCACAGAUGUGAUUGGUCGAUCUUUCNCGAUUGCGGAGGAGACUACUUAUAUAAGCGUAAUAUGUUACCGGAGGUAGACGGAUAGCAACUGUUAGGUAGUCGAGUGUACUUUGGUUGUUUGUCAACUUUUUUUGACAAACCUUGUAGAUCUGAAGUAAAGAAUUGCCACUGGCAUACUUCGAAGAACUAUGCUGCCGCCUCGGCAAUCAAAAAUGUGCAGUUCUAAUUGACGAGCUGACUGUUCUACACAUUCUGACAGUAUACAUUUGUCUUUCUUGAUUAUAAUUGUAUGUCGGUACUCCCCAAGUAAUUGGCAAGGAAUCUCUUAAUAUUAAAGGGGCAUUGUCCCGUUGUUUACUUCAUUAUGUUAAUAAGGUCAAUUACGUGUCCUUAUUCACUAUGGAACUUGAGAAAUUACUUUUUCUAUCCCUCCCUCCUUUUUUUGUAUUUGCUGUGUAUUUUAUGCCCUCUUUUCGUGUUCUGAACAGUUUAAAUUUACUUCUGCCACUCAUUUGGCUAGUUUUUAUUAUGAUAAUUUUCGUGACACGGCUCCUGUAAUAUAAGUUCCCCGUCGCAAGGUUUCCUAAGAAUUAAAAGUAACCCUUGUUCACUAGAACUGACAGUCUCAAGUGCCGCUGCUGCCAAAACAGAGAGUACCACAGAUGUGAUUGGUCGAUCUUUCGUCACACCACUGAGGGCUUCGGCUGUAGCUGACCUUGCGCAGAAGGAUAAAUCAGCACAGAAAAGCACUGGGAUUUUAGUACAGAAGUUGGUGGCUGAGUCAGUGGAGACAUCUUCAAGGGCCUCCAGUGUGCCAGGAGAUGUUCAGGAUGUGACUAAAAGGUGCAGGGUUUCUUUCUAUUUGUAGUACUAAUGUGGUAUUAAAUGUGAACAUGAAGGUCCGUAGUUAGCGUUUUGAUAAAGCAAAAAAUAGACUAAGAACUAACAACCUUCCUGUUAGCAGUAGGGGAGAAAUUCGACAAAAAGCGGCCAACUGGGAGAAUUUCCACUUAUUUUCACCUAAAUCAAUUUAGGCUCAUUAUUUGUAAAUUUUUUGGUUGUAGCCAAACUAUUUUUCUUAAUUAUGUAAAGCAAAAGAAACUCAGACAAAAUUUGUUGCACCAAGACGGCAUUUAAAUGAAAAUAACUGGAGCCAUUCCAUUAAAAACCCACUUUUUUUAUUAAUUUCUUUCUCCGUAGCUCUUUGCAAGAGCCUGAUCGGUAAGUUAUUGUCUUUCGUAAUAAUUUUUUUUCGUAUCUUUCUUUCUAUUCCCAUUCAAUUUAUCCUGGGAAAACUGCCGACCUUUCGCGACGCUACUACCGGUUUCCCCGCGAGAUGACGCUGACAAGCGAGCUCAGAAAUUUCAUACUAAUGACGCGUCGAUUCCCAGGACUGGGUAUAGCUAUUGAUUGGUUGUGCCGCGAGGAAAACUUGCUUCAACCAAUCAGAUUCACUACCCAGAUCUGAGUAGUGGCGCGUCAUUAGUAUGGAAUUUAGCGUGAGAAAAGAGACUUCAUCUCGCUGGGAAACCAGAUUUUGCGUCGUGAAAUGUCGGCUGUCUUCUCAGGCUAAAUUGAAUGAAACUCAAUCAUGUUUUUCUCUUCUCCUUUCUGACAGAGCCUCAGAAGCUGGCAGCGAGUUUUCCCUCUUUGAGGCAUUAAGAGAUUCAAUAUAUUCUGAAGUUGCGACCUUAAUUUCUCUUAAUGAGUCCAGACCUCAUUUUCUGGUAAGACAUCAUCACAUUCGCUUUUCUAUAUCCCUUACUUGACUGUUAUUUUUUCUAUGGUUUCGUUUGGUGUUCCCAAUUUCUAUUGUAAUGUACUUCAGUUGAACCUCUUCACAACGGCCACUUUGGGGAGAAUCAAUUUUUGGACUGUCCCCAGUCCCCCCCCCCCCCCAAAAAAAGUGGCUCUUGUGGAGAGGUGCCCGUUUGUGGAGGGAAAGAGCAAGAUCAGUACUGAACAGAGUUGAAUUUUGAUAGAUAAAUUUUGAUUUCUUAUUUUGCAGCUUGAGUUGUUCAGGGAGCUCCAGCUGUUGACAUCAGAUUACUUGAGACAGCGGGCUCUAUACGCCUUGCAGGACUUAGUGACGAGAUUUUUAACUGAAGACUCAGUAGUAGGUGCGGAAGGAGGAGCACUGCAGCAGGCGGUAAGCGCUUAACUACUUCUAUUACCUUGUAUCAACUUAGUAAAAUUCUUUUUGCGCUCUGAUUGGCCGUUAUUAAACUACCAAAUGAUAUACUGGAAAUCGAGAAAUGUCAUGCUCCGUUAUAUUACCGGAAGGUGCUGUUAUAUAUGCAUUAGCAAUAAGUAUUCUUGUAAGACUUAACGAAAACAAGUAAAAGACUUACUCUCGAUUUCUAUCAGUUUUUAUCGUUGGAGCAAAAAUUAUCAGUUACUGAUAACUCGAAACUUCUAGGGAAAUCGAAAAAAGUUCUAGUUCGAGUUAUCGGGAGUUCGAAGCAAAUAACCGAAAAUAAGGAAAUGGAUGGGGAAGGAAUACAACUAUCAUGCCCCCCCCGCCCCCAACCCCGCCAUCCACCCUUAUUUUUAGACCAAACUGAGGUCCGAAAGGCCGAAAAAAAAUUUUGGAGACCGGGGCCCCCCCCCCCUUAUCCCAGGGUCUGGAUGACCCCCCCCCCCCCCCUUUUCUCAAGGUCUGGAUCCGGCACUGCAAUGCGCUUGAUUAUAUUCAGACAUGGUUGAACACUUAAUUUGAAACUGGGCUGACUAAAAAAAAAAGACAAGGAAUACGCGGUUGUUUUGAAAUGUGAAAUAAAUGUAAUGUUUCGGACAUCAUCACACUUUUUUUCGACUUGUCACCCGCUUAAAACAUGGGUCGAGUUAUCGAGCGUGAAAUUAUAUAAAAACGAAUUUAAGGGGAAAUCCAGGGGAGAUCGAUUUUGGUGAGAGGUAGGCGCGAGGUUCGAGUUAACGAGGGUUUGAGUAGAGGGAGUCGAAGGACUUGACUGUAUCCCUCACUCCCACUCAACAGAAUAGUACGAGUGACUAAAGCCUCGUUUCAGAUACAUAGUCUAAUCGUCUUUCUCCUUUCUUAUCUCUUUAACAGCGGUUCCAGGAAUGGCUGGGCUCUAACUCAGAACUGACUCCAAGUGAAACAGUGGAGACCUUUGAAGAUGACGAAUCAGAGGUAGGGGUUAGUACCCUAAAAGUGGCAAAGUGUGUUUUCGAUGUAGUUUUAAGGUUUCUUGAGUGUAAAAAGUCUACCUUCUGCUCCUCUAUUUUGUGUAACGUUUUCGUUUCUGUGUAUGCAUGCAACUAAGGCCUCAUUUACCGGCACUUUUUUUGCGUGUAGAAAAAACGUGAGAAUCUCUGAAGCCCUAUUAUCAAAAAGAGGACGAAACGUCAUGGCUUAUUUUAGUGUUUUAUUUUAUUUUCGUUACGUGUUCAAGAUGACCAACUGAUAACCAGUUUGAUAGUGAAAGACUGCGUAACAUGUUCAAGAUAAGCAAGUGAAUUCGACUUUGAUAGCGUAAUGGUUUAAUUGUGGAUGAUGUACACACAGUCCUUUACGGUCAAACCUUUCCACAACGGCCUCUACUAUCGUAGUUGACCCUUUAAGUCCCAAUAUCCACAUACACACUGAUCUCCAUAUAUUUCCCUUAAGAAUAGUUGGGAGAAUUUGUCUUAAAGAUCAAAGCAUUUUCCCUUCGGUGAUCAUUUUAUUAAUAUUCAUAACCUUUUCUCUUGGACACGUAUUGAUAGUGUGUAAGAGAAAAUUGAUGUUGGUCACCCUUAGGACCUUAAUGGGCAGUUUAGAGGGGUUAAAACAAGAGUGAAUGUAUGCGCCUCGGCAAAAAUGGCCGUUCUUGAGAGGUGGCCAUCAGUAGAGGUUCGACUGAAUACAUUUUACAUUGCAGACAAGGGAAGGAGCUGUUGCUCCAGCCGAGACUGUCACAGAAGGUAUCUAUGACUACGCAGAGAACGUGGAAUCUGGUAGCACUCUGUCAACGCCUACAUCCAGCCACACAGGGGAAGCACCCUUUGCCUGUGAAGGACUCGGAGAUACUGUUAUUCACCUUGACAAGGUAAGCUGAAAUACAUUUAACUCCCCCCUUCGCAUAACUGGAAGUGGGGUAUGCAGAGGGUUCCACCGUGGCCAGCCAACCGCUGGCAGAUCCUUGCAAGCCAGCCAUGUACCCCUCUUCCAGGCACUCGUCACAGUGAUUGAAACAGUAGAAGGAAAAUGCUGGGUGGGAUGGGGGGUAAGCCUAAAACAGCCGCUCCAAAUAAAGGCUCAGGAGUGCUGAAACAGCUGCCACAUUGCUGCUACUAAUGUGACGAAGCAUCACUUUCCACGUGAGAAUGCGCUUGUGAGUUUCACCGCUAGCCUUCAGCUGAGCUCCCGACGUUUAACUUUGAUUUGUCAUUUAACUUUACGUAACUUCUGUCUUGCAACAGAAGUCCAAGUAGCGGUCUGAACUAGUCAACUGCUCUUUGAGUAUAUUUUUUUUGAAGACUUAGUUUGUUAUUGUGAUUAUCAGAUUGAAAAAUUUUGUACCUACAUCAAACUGUAGCUUGAUAUUGAACCUAUAAUUGAAUGUCAGUUACAUAGGACAGUUUUUAUUCGAAAACAGGAUGCAUCGCGAAUUUGGGGUAGAAGUUCAUUCUUAAUUGAAUGGUUUAUUAUUAAGUAUUCACAAAGAGGGGAAGGUAAAGAAAUUAAGGAAGGUUUCUGUAUCUCUAUAAGAGGGCCCCAAAGCAUGAUAGCAAAUCUAAACUGUUAUAAUUGCCAUAUCCUAGGAGCUAUCAUAUUAGGCUAUCUAUAAGAUCUUACCUAGGGUGACGUGUUGUCGUUUCAGGCUUUGAGCAGAAUGCGUGAGUAUGAAAGACUGCGAACAGAGGGGAAACUGAGUGAACUGGUGGCCAGUCAAUCUGCUGCAAGAGACAAACUCAUCAAAGAUGACGUCACUACGAGUUCUGCUGGUGACGUAGGGAGUGAAUCAUCAAUCUCUGAUGUGCAGGUUAGUCACGUGUUUGUAAUGGGAAGCAAGGGUGGGAAAAAGUGAGACCUCGCCUCCAACAAAUAUGGUCCGGGCGUGAUUCUUGGAAGUGAUGGCAUAUAAAGGUAGGUUAUGUUUGUUGUUUGCCUUCGCCCUUCCUCUGUGAGGUUUUUCUUUGCGUACUGCGGUUUUCUUCCCUUGGAAACCAGCAUUUCAAAAUUCCAAUUCAGUCAGAAACAAUGUGCUUGAUUAUGUACAGAACGCACACGUCUGCCUUUUGCCGAACCACUGCAUUGGUCAAUAGCUAGUGUUGUACCCUAGAAGUGAGGGUUACUUUCAGCUGGUAUUGGGAAGUGUAAAGUAGUGGACAAAAGCACAGAAAGAACUCAUUUCUUCGGGAACUGAGGGCGCGUUUGCUAAACACUAACUUUCCUGAUACUUUGAAACAUAUCAGCAGUCAUGAACACAUUACUUCAGAAGGGAUAUACCGUAAAAUUCCGAAAAUAAGCCCCGGGGCUUAUAUUUUUCAAAUGCCCUUUUUGAGGGGCUUAUUUUUGGAGGGGCGUAUAUUUGGAGGGGCUUAUCUACGGAGAAAAAUUUGCGUUUCAAAAUCGAUUGGGCUAGCCAUAUAGUUGGAAGUAAAUUUACCGUUUUUGCUUUGUUAUAUACUUUGUAUUUGAGGACAAUUUUCCAAGUACAAGCCCCUUGUAUUUGGAGGAGCGAUUUAAGAGAGGGUUUUUUGCGUUAGCCGUUUUUUUUUUUUUUUUGCGGGGGGGGGGGGGGGGGGUUUUUUUGGGGGGGGUUUUAAAUGGGGGGGGUUUUUUUGGGGAAUUUUGGGGUUUUAUUUUUUUUUUUUUUUUUUUACUUUUAAGUUUUUGUGUGGUUUUUUUUUUUUUGUUUUAUCUUUUUGGUCCCCAAGGGUCCCCACAAUAUAUCAAAAUUCCCCACACUUCCACGGAGUUACAAAACACACCUGAGGAGCUUGUACAUGGAGGGGCUUAUUUUCGGAAUUUUACGGUAUUCAUAUUUAUUUUUUUUACAUACAUGUACAGUCUUGACUAGGUUCUUAGUUAUAGGUUUAAUCCUUGUGGUCCCUAAGGAUCCCUAAUAGUAAUCAAUCGUUCCACAGUAUCCCAGGAUUGACACACAAGCACUGGACCAUCUCAUCAAAUCCAUCAUGUCGGUGAGUGUAAUAAACAUACAUGCACUUGAUGAAACAUUGUCCCCUUUUUUCAAACCCCUCGUUUUAGUGUAGCUCUCUGUACAUAACCACCUUUCACCUCGUUUUUUGCCAUCUUUGUGGAAAUAUUGAAAUGCAACUUUCAAGACAACUUGCAUGAAUUGGGCAGUGCAUAGAUGAUCUUACCAGGCUUUCUUUUUCUACGAAGUGGUCGAAGGUUGUAAAUCCUUCAAGUAAAUUAGCUGCAUGCAGGUGUUGUUAAAAGUGUUGUCUGGAAUGGUUGCCUUUCUUCAGGAAGUGAUUCCAUAUCUGAAUGAGCACAUGGAGGACAGCUGCUCCCCUGAUCUGCUUGGGUACAUUAGAAACUUGGUUUUAUCAAGGAUUCAGGUCAACGAAGAGCAGGUAAUUCUCAGCUUAAGUUAUUAAGGUAGAUACGUGCUAGGAUGACUAGUACAUGGUAAGCUUUUCUUUGCUCUACGGGGCGUCCAUUGACGACCAUCCUGUGUCUGGAUGGGUAGGUAUUCAAUUAGCUAGGAGAUUCUCGCCUAUUCGCCCGCCCUCACAAUGGCCGUCCUCUGCUUUCUCCUUGAUGUGGUCGUCAUUGAUUGGACGUGAAGAGCGUGAGAAUGAACGAAAUGGUCAACAAAGAUAACAGAUUAUCAACCUUACUACCAGAGAUCUUUUUAUAGAACAGGGUGGAAAGAUCCAUGUUUUAUUAUGGAUUAAAGUAUCAGCUAUGAAAAGGUCAACAAAUAAUUGGAACUAAUACGUCUGUUUUGGUAAAGGCAACUUCCUUUCUUGGUGUAUCACUUUCAUUGUUUAUUCACUUGUUACAUUGUUCUUUUCUUGUGAAAGGAAUUUGGUAGAUUCUUUCAUAAACAGUUGGCUUCCAUUCUACAGGACUCACUCUCUAGAUUUGCAGAUAGAAAGUGAGUUGGCUUUCAUAUUUGUAGUUGUUUAUCCUUACUUGCAUUUGGACGUGUUAUCUUACAUCAGGGACAGGCUCGCCCAUUGAUUUACCAACAAACAACCUUGAAAGGAUUUUGUUUCUUUAGCAGUAUUCCAACUCUAAGACUCGAUCUGAUCAAACUUCUGGAAAUGUAGAGUUUGGAAAAUGUGUGCCUUGUAGUUAGAGGGACAAUCAGAUUAACGCGAAGAUGUACGAAAGAAGCAGUGAAAAAUGUUAUUAAUUUCACUUUCUAGGAUGAAAGACUGUGGUGAGGAUAUGCUGGUAGACAUGUCGGAGAUUCUCUUUAACGAGCUGGCGUUUUUUAGACUUAUGCAAGACCUAGAUGGGUAAGGUUUUUCUCUUAUUUGUCUCCACGCCAUUUCAUUUAGUGUAUUAAGUGUAAUUAUCAGUGUACAUUACUUUGCUAUUGACUUAAUCAUUCCUUUCCAUGUUCUACAGAACUCGUGCAGUGAGUCAAAGACUAACAUGGCGACAGGUUAGUUUUUACCGCCAAUGUUCGGUGCCCAAACCAUUGCAUCUGUUAAUGUCUGUUUUGUUUUUGUUGUUGGUUUGUUUGUUUGUUUGUUUUUCUUCAAACAUUAGCUUGCACUCAAGUGGAGUAUGAUUAGUGGCAGCAUUAUGUAAGGGAAUGUGCUUCUCUUUGUUUCUGUAAAGUAUUAUAAGACUUCGUUUCCCUAAUAAUGUAAAUACUUAGUUACUUUGAUCUUUGGUUUUUAAUGUUUACUGUUUUUGGUUAUUUCCCUUAGCUAUGAUCAACUAAUGUUCCUAGUAGUUAUGGUAUUUGAAGUAAUUAGUAGCAGUACUAAGUAGUAGUAGCAACUAGGUCAGUACGCUUCUCUCUUCUUACUAGUGGUAUGAAGAGAAGUGCUCGGCAGUCAGUUUUUUGUUUUAACCCUUAAACCCUUAUAUCAAUGUGCAAAUUAUCAACACUGUUCCUCGUACAUUUCCUGUUGUAUUAAUGAGAGGAAAUCGUUUUGCAAUCUAGACCUUUUUCACUUGAUGAUCCUUUCCUUUUAUCUGGAGGACUUUGCCUUUGACUGAGCAGGGUUACCAUAAGGGGAAAUUAAACAUUAGUCACUUUGACGGAUUGUAGGGUUAACCUAGUCUUGUAUGCUGUGUUGCACCAGGGAUUUGAUUCCGCCAGCACGGACACUGGAACUGGACAGGAGGGAGAUAAAGAGGACGCUGAUGAAACCAAAGAAAAGAAUGAGCAUGCCCCGGAAGACAGGUACACCUAUAAGUGCACGUGAAGUUUUUUUGUCGCUCUGCACUUUUUGAUUGUGUAUUUGCUUGAUGGUUGCAAGAUUAAUUCAUAGGGCCUUAAUUUGAGAGGCUGUUAUCUUGAAAUAGAUGUUGCAUUGAGCUCAGGACUCGUUGUGUUAUAAACGAACUGAACCUCACGUCCUCGAUUUAGGAGAGGUGAAUACGAUGCGAUACCCUGCUAAGUUUUGAUGCAUGAAGAACCUCUCUUAGCAGACUAAAAUUACCUUUUUAGCAUUCAGUAGAGGACGAUUGAGGCGUAAUACAAUGCUGUCAGAGCUAGUUAGUUAAGCGUUAUCUGCAUGAAUUGACUUUUGCUUGUUGUUGGCGCUUAGUGCUGUAGAAGACGAGGUGGUCGGGGCUGCUGGUGAACGUGAAGAGGCAGAGGGCGAGGAAAACGAAGAUGAGGAGGAAGAAGAAAGCAGUACUGAAGACUCCUCCUCAUCCGAGGAGUCAGGAGCCGAAGACGAGGGUGCGGAUGAUGAAGGACCAGAAGAUGACGAGGAGGAGGAAGAGGAGGUAGCUACUAUGCCCAUGACUAAGGAGCAACAAGAAGCUGAGGAAGAAGAGCUUGGAAAGGUUUGUAAAUUUUCAAAACACGUAAUUUCUUAGACUCGGCUCAAUAUAAAAUAUUUCAUCAAUUAUGUGGUUAAAAUAGACUUUUAACAAUAAUUUACACUUAUUUUGAAAGCUCUCUACUAAUACCUACUGUCGUCUUGCCUCACCCUUUAGCCCUUCAAAUUCUCUCCUACGAUCUCUUUAAACCCCUGUUAGUAACAGUGAGAAACGAAAGGAAUAUUUUUUUUCUAAAUUAUCAGUUUUAUUACGUUUUAAGGUGCGAGAUGACGUCAUGGCAAAUCAGUUUGAAGAGAGAUCGUCAAGGUAAACUCACAUUGCAAAAAAGAUAUUCUUAAACGUUAAAUUGGAUAGACGUGUCAUGUUGUUAUUUUGCAUAUUGUACAAAUGAAGAGAGCUUGUUCUGAUGAAACAAACAAGCAACUCAGUCGAUAAGCGACUAAACCUUUUCCUUUCUUGGCCUUUCACUCACUUUAUCAUAAAGUGAACCAUACGUACCUAACAGAAGCGUUGUUGUCUGUGUCUGUAGUGUACAGGAUAAGAGCAAUUUGGAUUCUCCACAGGUAAAUUAUUUCCUUUUUUAGUGGUUACUCUUUUUAAUAUUGCUGGCGAUAUUUGUCUCCUGUUAGUUGUUACACUGACUUGCUGAAUCAAUUAAUUCGUUUUGUCCCUCAUCGUGGGAUUGAUUGUGUGAUUGAUUGGUUUGUUGGUUGUUUGAUUGUUUGGUUGAUUGAUUGAUUGAUUGACUGAUAUUAGUUUCAGCAGCUUUAGCAGUUACAAUAAUAUUCUGUUUCUAAUUUACUCUAAUUUCAGAAUUGUUUUAAGUUGGAGCUAUCAGCCAGUGAAUCAAAGCCUUUUUCAAGGUACUUUAUUGACUCUGGUUCAAAGUAAUCCCCAUGAGGAUGGUCUCUCCUAAUUUUAUCUUCUAGUGAGAAGAAAGAUCCCGAAAAUAUUGUCUAGGCAUUAUAUUUGUAACGCCAUCACACAGUAGAGGAGAGAAGUAAUGAAGUUAUCCAAAGCCUCAUUCACACCAAAGCUUAAUGUUUAAAAGCUGUUUACUUAAACACGGUCUAAAAUUGUUCCCUUCAUAAAAGCCGCUUACUGACUUAAGUUGAUUGCAAAUUUAGUGCAAAUUACAAAAUAUGUUAAAUUACAUUUGAAUCCUUUGUAAAAACCUGUGUUCCAGUUUCCCGUGUCUGUUUUUCAUUUCUUAACACCUGGUUUAAUUAAACAUGUUUAGUUGGUGUGAGUAUGGCAUAAGUGUUGAUAAAGUUCGUGACGUCUUAAGCUAAAAGUGGUAUUUAACUAAAGCGACUGUAAAGCGUCUGGAUAGGAUUGCAUGUGUUUUCUCUCCUUCUUGCUCUACCUGUGGCAUCUUGACCGGUCUACAAUACGUAUCUUUGUUCAUCUCCUACUUUUUAUUUUAGUUUUGGGAGCGGUGAAGAAGACGGCGAGGAAUCAUUUGACGACUCUGAUGCCAGACGAAAGCUGGAGGAAUACCAAGGAAGCACAGCGGCUGCUGCCGCUGCUAACAGAGAUCAAGGAAACAACAGGGACGGACCCAGCGACAGUGACGAAAAUGGAGCUCCUCAGGAUGAGCAGCAACAAGCUGUAGAGGCGGCUGCUGAAGCUGCUGCAGCUGCAGGUGUUAUCCCAUAUCUGCAAAAUGGACAGGUAAGUUGAAUUCAUUGACACUUGUAAGUAGACAUUCAAGUAAGCUAAUAUGUUCAAAAAACUUAUUUGGGAGACCGUAGGGGAUAAAUGUUACAAAUUCCCCAUUUAGUGCUUCAAACUCCAAGGGAAAAAGCCAUCUAUUUAUCACUCUGCCUGUGCAUGUAAUACUAAUAACAAUAGUAUUACUAUUUCAUGUCGUUUCACAACCCCAGUAGUGUAAUUCUCAGCAAUUUUGCGCUGUCAAUGCCUAGGGCAAGUCAGAUAACCAUUCUGUAAAAAAAAUCUGAUUAAACAAGUCAGCGGUAAACGGACAUCUCAUAAGCUUUUUGUUGUUUAAUGAUUUAAUGGCUGAUGUUGAUAGUACCAAGUCCAUGUUUGUUAUUUUGUCUGUUAUAGGUCGUGAAUGGUCAAGGGGAUAUCGAGGUUGCGCUAGAUGACCUUCCUACUAAAUUGACUGGGUUAACGGAGGUAAGCAAGAUGGAAAUGCAAUAUCUUGUCAAAUUAGGUACAAUCGGUGACAAGAGUGGUCGAGACACUUCGCCCUAAAGGGCCUCUUCAACGUUUUGAUAACUUACAAAAAGGAAAAUAAAGCUUUCCCUCCCCAAUCCCCUCCAUGCAAUGUUGUGCCGCUGUUCGAGCCAUCUUUAGAAAACAACAAACGCCCCACCUUUGAAUGGAGGGCAGGGGUGUCUCAACAGUUUUGUCGCUGAUUGUAGCUCUCCCAAGUCGGAUAGUACAGAUUUGUGGUGUGAGCAUUGAAGAGAAUUUAAUUCAUGAGGAUGUGGUUUAACGUGCUUCUGGCCUUGGUGUCCUCAGGCUGACUUGCAAGCCAGAAUUGCAGAGGAACAAAGCCGUACUGAGGGAUCUCCGGCUGUUAUCGCACACCUAGACGGAUUACCAGGUAAAUGAACUCCAGAGAGGAAAAUUUCUUUCAGAAGACUAAUAGUACCUUUUGCUGGAAAACGGAUCAGUUUUGUUAGGAUAUUAUUCGAUAACAUGGAGAGUUCAGUGCGAAAUCGUCUCAGAAUGCAGCUUAGAAUGGUCUUGUGUAGGGUAAGCGUUUUAAGAUUCCAGUGACACACUUCCAAGAGAGGAUAUCCAGAGUUGUUAAUGAGUUGCGUCAUUGGUCCUGUGUCUCGAGUGUUGACCCUAGAAAAGAAAGGGUUGUGUAAGACUGACGGCUUUGAGAGCUCUGCAGUGUGCUGUGCCACUGUGCACUAGGUUUACACAAACAUUUGUGUAGACUUUCCUAACGACCUACUUGAUCGGUUGCUUCCAUGAAUCAGCUGAUCAGUUUUUUUGUCUUGCCCCUUCAGAACUUGCGGGAGAUCCGGAAGCCCUUCGCGAACCAGGUAACAGUUGCUAGUAUUUGUUUGUUUGUUUUUCUUUUUUAUAAUCAUUGCCCAUUUAGGAAGUUAUUUCCUGUUUCUUAAUUACAUGUCGGGGCAUGAAUAUCAAAAUGGAAGUCUCCUUGUGUUUGUUAUAAUGCACAUUGUCUCCUUUCGUUUCAGAAUCAUCAGAGAUGCCACUUAACGGAUUGCAUCAACCGGACAAAUGA